UCUCUCUCUCUCUCUCUCUCUUCCCUUCAGUCUCCUCCUGGGGAGAGCAACGCUCUGCGAAGCUCUGAAAUAAAAAGGCUGCAGCAGCCGACGUGAGAGAAUAGUGACCAUGGUUUUUUUUCUGCAAGUCUCCUGCUAACAGCGGGAAUAGCUGGACCACCGUCAACAACCCCUGCAAGAUCCAACAAGCCAGCAAGAUUAAAAGAAAGGGACAGGGGCCAAAAGAAAAGGGGGAAAAAGAAGCAAAUAGGAGAGAGGGGGAGCAGGUGAACACAGUCGAUGGAUGCUGUCCAGAUUGAGGGGGCAGCACGUUCUUCACUGACGGGGUCAAGAAAGAUUUCAAAAUUGAGUCGAAGGAUAGAAACUCGCCAUCAGGCAUGGUGUGUGAGAAGGGGAUCCAGAUCCUUCUCACCACCGUGGGGGCAUUUGCCGCCUUUGGCCUGAUGACGGUGGCGAUAGGGACGGACUACUGGCUGUAUUCCCGUGCCCUGAUCUGCAACAGCACAGCCAACAUCACCCAGGAUGAUCCCCAUAAUAAAGACAAGAAGGACCCCGGUGCGCUCACCCACUCUGGGCUCUGGAGAAUAUGCUGCCUGGAAGGAGUGAAGAGAGGAGUGUGUUCCCAGAUUAAUCACUUCCCAGAGGACGCAGACUUUGACCACGAUGGGGCAGAAUACGUCCUGCGGGUGGUCAGGGCUUCCAACAUCUUCCCCAUUCUUAGUGCCAUCCUGCUGCUGAUGGGAGGAGUCUGCAUCGCUGCUAGUCGUUUUUACAAAAGCAAAAGGAACAUCAUCCUGGGGGCGGGAAUCCUCUUUGUGGCCGCAGGUCUGAGUAACAUUAUCGGUGUGAUCGUCUACAUCUCGGCUGCACUGGGGGACAUUUCACCAAAGAAAGACGAGGAUAAGAAAUGGCAGUAUUCCUACGGGUGGUCCUUUUACUUUGGAGGUCUGUCCUUCAUCAUGGCUGAGAUGGUGGGGGUGCUGGCUGUCAACAUCUACAUCGAAAAAAACAAGGAGCUCCGCUGCCGCUCCCGCACCGACAUCUUCAAGAGCACCACACACGCCAUGCUCCGCCUGCCCAGCUACCGCUUUCGCCGUCGCUCCCGCUCCUCCUCGCGCUCGACUGACCCUUCCCGCUCCCGUGACCCUUCACCCGUUGGCGGUGGGGGGAAGAACUUUGGCCUGCCCCCCUCAGCACUGCUCUCCCAAGGCCCCAUUUCGGUGUCCACCCUGCCCAACCCUCACUCCCGCUCCCACACGGCCUUGGCCGGAGGCGACAUCUCACUCUACACGCUGUCCCGUGACCCCAAAUUGGGGGGGUUGCCGCCCAUGUACGGAACUGUGGACAGGGCCACGCUCUACCAGCUUCACAACUGCUUCCCCAAGGAUGGUGGUGGAGGAGGGGUGAUGAUGAGCGGAACGCUGCCCUCCCUCAAGUCCCACAACCCUUCCAACUCUUCCAACUCUAACGCACCCAUGGCCAACUCUGUGGGCUCCGGGCCUCCGCCAUUCACGUCAUCCUCAGUGGACAGGGAGCGAGGCAUGGGGACUUUGGACAGGUUGAAGGGAGACAGGGAGAGCAACUCCAACACCUUGAACAGGAAGACCACUCCUGUGUAGAGGGAGGGGAACAGAAAGGGAGAGGAAGCUGAUCGUGAAGAAGUUCAACAAGAGUCAGACAGAAAUUUUCAACUCUCCCUCAAUGUUCACUGUUAUUUAGCCUCACUGAGAACAAAAGAAAAAAACAACAACA